UAUAUGCGACAUGAUUAGAGCUUGGAAGAUGACAAUUAAUUUAUGUUUUUUCUUUUCUUUGAUCGAGCCAGUUCCAUCAAAGAACAGGAAAAAGAAAGGAGAAGAAAACAUGCAUGUGAAAUUCAAAGGACUGUGAGUGGGGUCUUUGAAACGAGGUUCAUGUGAAAAACAGUGUAUGGGUGUAUAUAUGAUCGGUUAAAGACCAAAACUGGUUUUUCAAAGUGUUUUUUCUGCAUAUGGGAAAAAGUAGAGAAUUGUUAUAAUCAAAAUACCAUUAGGUAGAGAUACCCGAAAUGCAAAGCCUGAAUUUUCACUAGAGGUGGAAAUUGACGGUACAACCAAGAUCAUCAUCUCCAAUUCCAGGAGUACAUUUUAUUUAAUUUUCCACAUGGGAAACAAAUUAGAUGAACUGUAAUGGCUUUUAUAUAUAUAUGCCAUGGACCCCAGUCUUCUUUAUUUCUUCUUUCCUUACAUGAUUAUGUUUUUUUUAAAGACCAGAAUUCAUGGAAUUAGGCAGCAUAUAAUCCCCUCUAGACCACUAUGUAUAUGCCAUUCAUUUUGAUAUAUUCUUUCUUUACUUGCAACUAGGCCUAUAAUCUGUCAUGGAAUUUGGAAGAGAUAUCAACAUCGAGAAUGAUGCUUCUCAUUGUCAUAACAACUUGCUUAGCUCUUAUUCCGUCGUCUCUUACACCGCCACUGCCACCUCUUCCACUUGUUCUUCCUCCUCGACUUCGGGUUGUCAUCCAAACGGUGUAGCUGAAAAAAGAUUGAAGAAAGGUGGAGAUAUAGAGAAUGAUGAUAAUGAGAACAAGAAGAGACAAAGGAGUACUUGUGGUAAUAACGAUAGUAAGCACGGGACGUUCCGAGGAGUGCGUAUGCGAAGUUGGGGCAAAUGGGUGUCUGAAAUCCGAGAACCGAGGAAGAAAUCGAGAAUAUGGCUCGGAACAUACCCCACAGCUGAAAUGGCUGCUCGAGCUCAUGAUGUAGCUGCACUUGCCAUUAAAGGUCCCUCGGCUUACCUUAAUUUCCCUGAAAUCGCAAAGCAACUCCCACGCCCUGCUACUACGUCUCCCAAAGACAUCCAAGCAGCGGCUUCUCAAGCGGCUGCCUCGACAUUCCUCGACACAAGGCAAUGCAACGUCCAGACCGAAGCUGGAGUAAGCCAUGAAGAACUUCACAAUACACAAGAAUCAUCAAGUUCACCCUCCAUUGAUGACGACGACACCUUGUUCGAUCUGCCCGAUCUAAUGAUCGAUACUGCGGACCGAAACGAUGGAUUCUGCUCUUAUUCUUCAUCGGCAUGGCAAAUAUGUGCAGUCGAUGCUGGGUUCCGGAUCGAGGAGCCAUUCUCCUGGGAUUACUACUAGCAAACACACAUAUCAUUUCACUACGUGUAAUCUUUUUCAUAGUCAAUACCCUCUAACUUUGAAAAUUAUUCCUCUCCUCUCAUUCAAAUAAUAUUCCAAAGCAUUUCCUUCAUCACAAGGAAAGCUGGCUCUUGAAUCGUGAA